AUGUGUGAGCAAGCAAAAGCCAGUGAGAAAAAUUUACGAAUGAGCGAUCGAAUCGACACUAAAAAGCAAGGAGGUAAUAGUAGCGUUACGGGAGCACAAGCUGCCUUGUCAAACUCUUUAGCCGGAACAGCGACUUUGAAUACCAUGUCGGCAGAGCAAAUUGACAUAUUCCUGCAAACUGCAAAAGCUGUCGUUAGUGACGUCACUAACAGCGAACGGGGGCUAAGCAGAUUGGUUAUGGACAACGGCAGUCAGCGCACUUACAUAAGUGAAAAACUAGCGAAUUUCUUGAAGUUAUCGGCGAGCGGCAUUGAAAAAAUGAGAAUUGUAGCCUUUGGAGAUAAAAAUACCCACAGGCAGCCGACUGACUUCAAAAGUGUUCAACUUAAUAUUAAAGGCCAAUACAGCGGAAAAACAAAGACAAUUACAGCUAUCGUUGUGCCUAAAAUUUGUAUUGAUGUUUUACCGGUACCGAAAAUAAGAAGUGAAAAACUGAAAUAUUUAAAACUUGAAUUAGCUGAUACUAGCAUAAGUGGUGAAAAUCCUGUUGAUGGUAUUAACUUAUUAAUCAGUCAAGACCACUUUUGGCAAUUUACUACGACCGAAAGCAAGCGUAUAUCUGAAAGGUUAGUUGCGGUUAAAACACUGUUUGGUUGGACAAUACAAGGAUGUAGUAGUAACUUAGCUGUAGACAGUUGUGUACUAAAUAUAUCCGAUAGCGUGGGCCAUGCGUUCGAUAUCUCUAAUUUUUGGAGACUAGAAUCGGACGGUAUUACAAAUUUCCAAUCUAAUGAAGACCAAUCUGUUGUUGGAAAAAUCCGAUUAAGCAUAAAUCGAACUAACGGGCGCUACGUAGUCAAUCUGCCAUGGCGUAUUGGCAGCGGCGCAUUAGCCGAUAAUAAGCAAGUUGCUCUCUCUCGUCUUCGUAGCUUAACGACGGGCCUGCUAAAACAAAGCGACAAACUUUACGAGUAUGAUGCAGGAUUUAGAGAGCUGUUACAGAACGGAUUCGCUGAAGCUGUUGACGGCACAACUUCUAGUGGAAAGAUCUACUACAUGCCGCAUAGACCAGUGUAUCGAUAA